UAGUAUAGUAGUAGUAUAAAACGAAGGGCUCGUAAUUUAAUCAUAGCCACAUAUAUAAAAAGAUGUCGAUGAUAUUUUGCAACACUCUCUACUCUUCUUCUCCAUCGUCUCUCUCACCGUUAACUUCAACUCGAACAAAGCCGUCGCGAUUCUCAAGCAAACUCAGAGUUCGCGCUCAGUCCCAGUCCAUGGACGAUGAUCAUCUCCGCCGGAAGUUCUUGGAGUUCCCGUACGUCUCACCCACGCGCAAGCAGCUUAUGGUUGAUCUCAUGACUACGCUUGAGGAUCGCCUCCAAUCUCAGCUCCUUCCCUGCAGCCUUCCACCAGAUGUACGAAACUUCAUGAACCCUAACGGUUGCGCUGAAGCAUCUCUUCAUAUCAGAUCCGGCGAUAAAUCAUCUCCGAUUGAUUUUGUUAUAGGAAGUUGGAUUCAUUGCAAGAUCCCAACAGGAGUAUCUCUCAAUAUAACAAGCAUCUCUGCAUUCUUAAACUCUUCAACAAGAGCUCCAAACUUUGUGGUCGAACUAAUACAGAGCAGUCCCACGUCGCUUGUGCUCAUCCUCGACCUUCCACACCGUAAAGAUCUAGUUCUUAACCCGGAUUAUCUCAAGGAGUAUUACCAAGACACUGCUCUUGAUUCUCAUCGCCAGUCUCUCCUUAAGCUACCUCAAGUGAAACCCUAUGUCUCUCCUUCUCUCUUUGUCCGUUCUGCUUUCUCUCCUACUGCUUCCAUGCUUAAAAUCGAUGCGGAUGAAGAGGAAAAGUUGGAGGAGAUCUUGAGAGAACAUGUUAGUCCAGCUGCUAAGGAGGUUCUCCGGGUUUGGUUGGAGCGUUGUGCCGCCAAGGGAGAAGAAGAAGAAGAGAUGGUAGUGAUUGGGGAAGAAGAGAGAAUGGCGUUGGAGAGAAGAGAUAAAAGCUUUAGAAGGAAGAGCAUAGAGGAAGAUUUGGAUUUGCAGUUUCCGAGAAUGUUUGGGGAAGAAGUUUCCUCCCGUGUCGUACACGCUAUCAAAGAAGCUUUCGGUGUUCUCUAGAUCGUGUCAUUGUAACAUGUAGCUAAUGAGAACAUUGUGAGCUAAAUUCUAUAGAUUAUAUUCUCUUUAA